UGGUUCUCACGCGUCCCAGAAUUCCAAGCCAAUGCAAAUGGCCGCUUGACAACCAGCAGGCCGCUGUUUCAAGGCGCUGUUGAGCCGGGCGUUCGAGGGCGUGUUUUUGUAAAUGUUGUUACACUGCAUUCCGGUGAAAGUAUUUCUAAAAUCGGCCGCAAGAUGAUGCAAUUUAUGCUGCUGUUCAGCCGACAGGGCAAGCUGCGGCUUCAAAAGUGGUACAUGGCUCAUCCAGACAAGUUGAAGAAGAAGAUCACUCGUGAACUAGUCACGACCAUUCUUGCCCGAAAGCCAAAGAUGUGCUCCUUCCUGGAAUGGAAGGACCUCAAAGUCGUCUACAAACGGUAUGCCAGUCUGUAUUUCUGUUGUGCUGUGGAACAGGUGGACAACGAGCUGCUGACUCUUGAAGUAAUUCACCGAUAUGUGGAGCUGCUGGACAAGUAUUUUGGAAGUGUGUGCGAGUUGGACAUCAUCUUCAACUUUGAGAAGGCCUACUUCAUCCUCGACGAGCUGCUUGUCGGCGGCGAGAUGCAGGAGACUAGCAAGAAGAAUGUCCUCAAGGCCAUCGCAGCGCAAGAUUUACUUCAGGAGGAAGAAACUCCGCAAGGGUUUUUUGAGGAUCACGGACUCGGUUAGGGCACAACCGUGGGGCUCCGGCCUUCUGCUGAUCGGCCGGGGCUUACGGGCAACUUCUAACAAAGAACGCUCUAAUCUGUCCACCCCCUAAAGAAACCGUUGUGCAUUCCACUCCAAGCAGUAUGUGUUCUCUUGCUGUCUUGCGCGAGCCGUUUUGUUUUUUCUGUUUUUUGAGGAGAGGUGGGAGACUGUGAGCCAGUAAGCCAGUAGUGCAUGCACUACUGGCUUUAACCAUUUUUCGACACACUUUUCGCUCCCACCCAGCCCCCUGCUUUUUUUUAUGGAUGACUUUUUCUUAAAUUUAUUUUUUGCUGGUUUGACUUUAAUACUGGUUAUCACUUCUAUGCUGUUGGUACCACAACAAUAUUGGUAGCCGGUGCUCAAAAAUGUUGUGUUUUGUUGUGGCCCUGAGGGGCCUCCUUGAUGUUUUGUGUAGGUGUUGCUUGCUGGCUCCUUCACUCGCACGGGUAUUGAUAUGGUGAUCGGUGCAGAUGAAGUGCUGUGUGAGUGUGAGAUGACUGUCUUCUAACAGCAGGAAGACGUCACAAGUGUAGAAGCUCGGCCUUGUUGGUAACACUCGGUAAAUAAUAUUUAGCGCAAAAGCAACACAAGGAUGAAAAAGAAGGGACACAACACGUGUACUAUGUGUUGAGCACGUGUUGUGUCUCUCCUUUUUUGUUCAUUGUGUUGCUGUUGUGCGAAAUAUUCUUUACCAGAAAAAUGUCAUUUGUAGAGGGAUGUGGAUGCUGUGUAUUCCUGACUACAUUUAAAACUUAUUUCAUUUAGCCGGCACGGUUUGCAAGUAGCACAAUGUAAAUGUGUCACAAGCUGGGCUUUGUGGCUUUAAAGUCUUUUCAAGAGAUGUAACUUUUAUUGGCUUGGGAGCAUGUUUUUCUUUCCCUAAAAAUACAAUCUGGCACCUCUUUAAAAAUGUCAUACGAUUGAAGCUCCCUGUCGUAGGUGGCUCCACUAGCACCGGUGCAGAGGUGUCUUGUAGUUAUAUUGUGUAGCUGUGAGUGUUGUGCAAGGCCAGGCAUGAUUUGUUCAAAAACAUGCAGAAGGUCAAUCUUGGGAGGUGCGUAGCUUUAUCAGCGCUAGUGUCAUUGGACAUCCUGCCAUGUGGUGGCAUCUUGAGUACACUGUUUGUAGAUGGUCCGCACUGCACAUAACUGUUGAUGACAUUCGAGGCCUGCCGUCUGUCUGCAGCAUUGGUUUCUGGGAAGACACGGACUGACGAAAGCACGACCGUGUGCUUGCUGCGGACUUUACUGGCAAUUUUGCGUUUGAUUAGACCGUUGGCAGGUAUUAACAAUACAGAGGCAAUCUUAUUUGUUUUUGUUCUUUUUGCUUUUUGUGGGGGUGGGGGGGAUGACGAACUUUCUUUUUUUUUUAUUGGUGUACAAUUACGACUGGGGAUUUUCCUGCAAGUUGGUUUGUAGCUGUGCACUUGUACUUGCCAUGUUGAACUUGUAUAGCCUGGAAGUAUUGUGAGUACGUGUGUAUUGCACUAGCUUGUGAGGCUUAGAUUUAUUGGAAAAAGUUUAUGUAUGUCCAAUGUGCACAUCUGUCUGUUAUGAAGCAUAGUUUUAUUGUGAAUCGGUAAGGCGUCGAGUAGCUUUGAUGUAUUGACUUCAAAGUUUGAUCUUUUCUUUUGCAGAAGGGGGGAUGGGUGGGGAAUGGACUUUUCAGUGGAACUAGCAGCAAACUUGAAUUUUGAGUCGUGCACUUUGAAUUUCUUUCACUGGCAGCCGAGUCAUUCACUGUGUGUCUACAAAGCAUUAACGGCAACGUGUUGUAGGCCACAAGUUGUACCUCUAUGGCAGCUUGUCAUUUUCUCACCCUUCAGGAGCCUGUGUUCAAGAGUCACCUUUUUUCACAUGAAAGUGUGCAGCUAUGGUUUCAUGUUUAUUUUGCUCAUUUGCUCGUGAUGAGUUAAAGCAACUCCUCCCCAAGUCUUUUUUUUACAAAUGUUUAUAGAGCUCUAAGGUUCUUGAUUUCGUGAAUAUGGUUGCUGUUGAGGAACUGAGACAGUUAGCUUGGGGUUGUUGAUAGUGUGUAAUCAAAUAGCUUAUACCUCAGCUGUAAAGAGGUCAGGGCUUGUGGGAACAGCUACAAGCAAGGAAUGCACGCAGCUACAGUGACAAGCUGUGAUCGAUGCAUCCUCAAGUUGAUAUGAGAAACUACAGCUUGCUUCGUGCCAAGGUAUUCUUCAUUCCCGGCAAUUGACAUAGUUUUAAUGCGGCUUGAUGGUUGCAGAAUUCUUGCGGUCUAUCGUUCUCUUUUAGGAUUCAUGUGUCCUAGAGGUACUGCUGGAAAUUGGAAUCGGUGAACCAUGCGUCUGCUGCAAUAAGAUCUGGUGCUUUGGUGUUAAUGGUUUAGGCUACUAAUUGAAAUGACAGUAUUACAUCCACGGUAUGCAGGGCCUGCUGCAAACACAAUUUGAUUGCGCGCAUGUCCCGAUUGCUUCCGACCCGGACGUAUCUGCGCAUGUGAGAUCACUUCAACUGCGGCAUUCCUAGUUUUUACUUAAGCACUGGAGUAAUAUUUUCAUAAAACCGUAAAGUUAAACUGCAUUUCCUUGCUGUUUUUGUGCAUGCCUGUCUAAGUGUGCACAUUGUGAAUUCUUAUUUUCUCUGCCUUCUUCAUUGCUUCGAUUAUUUUCUAUACAUUUUAUUUGUUCCCUUCAACUGGUUGUGCAUUUCUUAAAAAUAUACUGGAUAAUAAGCUUCGUUAUUCUAAGAGGAGUGCAGAUUUCCUUCUUGUGAUGAAUUAGUCCAGAAAUGUUUGGGCAUUUUUUAGGACUGAGAAAAAGGCUCGGAGGCAUUGUCAUUUGUGAUAUCUUCAAGCCCUAGUUACUACUUUUAUGGGGUUAAUAUAACUGUGAUCUCAUCGUUCUAAGGGAAAUGCUGAAGUACUUUUUUCUUUGGUUGCAUUGUCAAGUUGUGCUCCUGCAUUCUUGACCUCAAGGUUGGCACAAAGAACUUUUUGUAGGGCCGACUCCUUUUUGAGUCUUGUGUGCUCCUCUUGGAGUUAAGUCAGGCGACACCCAAAGAAGUCAAAUGAUUGACAGGUGGCUGCACAUUCACCUCUGUGCGCAUUUUACGAUGCACUGUUACAGCGCAGUUAUACGAGGUUCCUCUUUUUCAUUCUUGCAAAAGCAGUUUUUCUGUGAGAGCUGAGUAGCUUCUUGCUGGUGAAUGCAGUUUAUAUUUGCUUAUACAUAUCACCCUUAAUAAGAUACAUCUGUUUUGUGUGCCUCCCUCUACCUUUUGACUUUCUUCUUUCGCAGUCGAGACCCCAGGCGUUUUAGGUAUUGCCUUUGUUGCCUCUGCUUAAGAGUGUAAGGGUGCACUGUCUGGAAAUACGAACAAACCUUCUCUGUAAAACUAAAUGUGCCCAAAUGAAUUGUGUGAGAAGUUUACUUGCUUAUGAGAAAGAUGAGAUGCCCAAAGCUUUUGCUUUAGGUUCCUUACUGGAUUGUUGAACAUCCGCCGGGAUUCGUCUAUGCUAUACGCCCAUAACAAAACAAAUUGGCCAGUGUUGCAAGAAACGUUUUGUGAUUUUUUACUUGCUCUCAGAGAGGUUGAUGUAAUCGGUUAGAGAAAUUGUGAUAGUUACGGCUAUCGUGUGGAACUUGUCUUUAAGCUGCAUUUUUUUGUUUUCUCAUUGUCACAUCUUUGUAGCCGUUCUCUGGAUCUAUCUACUUCACAUAUAAACUUGUUUAGUGUGCCAGGAAUAAGCUGAAGCUACAGGUAUAUGUUGUGUGAAUGUAUGAACGGUCCUCAAAUGAUGUUAAAUGUCUGUAGUUGUUGCAACGAAUUACUACUGCAAGUUUUUUUUUUAUCUACUUACGUCUUUUUACCAUUGCAUGCGCUAGUAGCUCUGAAGAGUACUGUUUAUUCAAGAGUAUAUAUUGAAAUUUGUUUGCCGUGGUUUGGAGUAGCUUAAAUGUGAUAUGUUCCUAAGAAAGCACCAUGGUUCAGCGAUCAAAGCAGUUCAAGCUGGGGAAAGAAAACAAUAAAAAAAUGGUGUGCUGUAAAUAGUGAGACAAACAGCACCGCUGCGAGCUUGGAAAUUGAUUAUCAGUAAACUAUUAAGGCAUAUAAUGUCUUGGUUAGUGCUUGUGUGAAAAAUGGCAUUGGCAUACAUCCCAACUGAAGCCCUUUCAUUCCUUGUUGUGUGUCCAAACGUGCAUAUGCCAAAUAUUUGCUCUCGUCAAUUUCUUUCUUGCCAGCAUGUUUAGUGUUUUAGACUGUGUGAUAUUUGCUUACAUAUUUAGUCUCGGUCAGUACUGGGUAUAGGAUGAAAAAAAAACGGACUGAUGUCAAUGUAGAUAUUUUAACGACUCUUGUGACCUGUUGUGUCGCAGCAGCUUGAGUAAUGAAGGGAAAAUUAUAUGCCCAAACAUGUUGACUUUCUUUCCUCAUCGCCUGACGAUAGCUGGCACUGCACGUGUAUGCUGACUGUCACCAUACCACUCCAGAAACAACGGCAGUUGAUUGGCAGUUGUGCCAGAGCUUCCGUGUAGUGCCGGAAGCAAGCAUAGAUUAUCUAUUGAAAGCAAAUUCGUGCAGGCCAAGUUGACACACUGUCUGCCUGCAGGAAGAAUCAUCAGCAGACCGACCGACCACCUUUUUCUGUACUUUUCUUCUUGUUUUCUCGUUGCAUAACUGUUUACUCAGGCAGUGUUGCAUGCCGCUUAUCGCAUUACUGGACAUUGUCUAUGCUUUCCUUUGUGUUCAGGACUUCUGCUGCCUAUCUGUUGUGGACGGCAUCGAUAAGACGUAAGAGGUUCGCUUUUGUGUUCUGUUCACAGCCGCUGCUUGUGAUCUUUUUAUUUUUCGUUGGAGUGCCAGAGCACUUGUUGCUUUGUGUUGGAAGCAUAUGGGAUGUCUUGCUUUUUUUUUCUUCAGUGUAAUUCGACAAAUCACUGUGUGACAUUGGCCAAGAUUGGCAUCUACUAGAUGUGUAUCUGGACAGCUGUGCUGUAAAUCAAGUAGAAUAAAGCGUACCAACAAAUGUGCCA